AUGGAAAAGAUUGAUGUCGCUCCGUCCUUUAUUCAAAAAGGGGCUUCGAUGGCAGAUUGGCAGGUUUUCUCGUGCCUCAAUGCGUUUGAUUCCUGGCCCCUUCUUCCUGAUUCUUGUGAUCAGUUAGAGUCUUCUUCAUUUAGAUUUUGGAUUGAGAAGUGUCAUUCAGUAAGUGAUGGUGCUACUAUUUCGAAAUUUGCAUUUGUUUGGUGGUUCAUCUGGUUUACUCGGAAUAAGGUCAUUUUUAAUGAGGAAGGGUUUUCUUCACGAAAAGUUUGUUUCAUGAUUAGUAUUUUUUUUGCCCAAUGGUUGAAAACUGCAGCUCAAGAGGAUGGUGAUUCUGGUAUUCCUGUUCCUAGGCCCUUGGUUAAUUCUAUAGCUGUUAGAACUGGUAUUAAUAGUGUUUGGAUCCCUCCCAUUGGAAACUUUUAUAAACUUAAUUUUGAUGGCUCGAAAGAUUCUACGGGAAAUAGUGCUUUAGGCUUUGUUAUUAGGGAUAGUAAGGGGGAGGUUUUGCUGGCGGGUGCAAAAUCCUUAGGUCCUCACAUUUCGAUUGUUCAAGCCGAGGCGUGGGCUCUUAGUGAGGGGAUUAAGGGUGCCAUUUCUUUGGAUAUCUCUCAUCUAGUUGUGGAAGGGGAUAAUCUUGCAGUUAUUAACUCUAUGAAAAACGUUUGGCGUAUUCCUUGGGAAAUUUCUAAUAUUAUUUCUGAUGUAGGGGUUGAUGUUCGUUUCUUUGUUGAGUGUCAGUUUCGUCAUUGCUUUCGGGAAGCUAACCAGGCGGUUGAUUUUAUGGCGAAUAAGGCGCAUCACCACCAAUCUUUACUCUACUGGUUUUCUCCUUAUUGUAUGAAUUUCUCCCUUAUCAUCCGCAAGGAUGUUUUAGGUUGA